UUUUUUUCUCUUGGUAUUUUUCUUUUCAAUAUAUAUAUUUUUUUCGUUUUUGCAUUUCGUUUAUUUCGUUUAUUUCGUCUAGCUUUUCAUAUUUGUAUUGAAACAUAUUCCUUUUUUAUUAUUUCUUCAUAAACCAUGGUUCCGGUCGCAAACGUUGGUGCCACAUCCGCCACAUACAACGAUGUUACCCGAGGCAACAUCGAGGAGCUCUCUGGGCCUAUUCGCCAGCAAAUUUCCUCCGCCCGCUUCAUCGCCAUCGACACCGAGUUCACCGGUCUCUCUAUAAGCAAUGCCUCAUCGGUAUUCCGCUUCAACACUUCUGAGUGGGUCACGCGGGCGACAGACAUGAACGAGAAAUACCGUGCCAUGGCCAACGUCGCCAAAACCCACGCUCUGGUAUCCAUGGGCAUAUCCACGUAUUCCUACGAGAAGGCACCGAGCAGCUACAACGUGCAUAAUUUUAACUUUACCUUGCAGCAGCAGAAUUCGCACCUCAUCAAUGCCAAUUCCAUUGGCUUUUUGGCCGAAACCGGAUUUGACUUGAAUAAGCAGGCCAGGGAGGGUAUCAGGUACUUUGCUGCGCCCAAUCCCAAGCCUGUGGAGGUCAAGACACUGGCUAUUAACAAGGAAGGUGGGUUGAUUCGCGAGAUAUUCUUGGAUAUCAUUAGGGCCCGGAAACCCUUAGUCAUUCAUAACGGUCUGUUUGAUCUCAUGUACGUUUACCAGGCGUUUUUUGGCCCGCUGCCCGAGAGCUACGAAUCCUUUGUCUACGACCUGUGCGAGAUGUUCCCCGGCGGCAUCUAUGACACAAAGCAUAUUGUGGAGAUGGAAAGCCCCGGUGCAGCCUCCUUUCUGGCCUAUGCCUUUCACAAGAGCGAGCGCGUUCAAGAUAUGCAGAAGGUGCGCGGCGAGGAUGCCGUUUGCGCACAUCUCAAGGACAGGUUCCCACUUUGCGAGCCCGAGCAUGCUGCGGAUAUUGGUGUACUGCCUAUUGUUGAGGGAAGAAAGCCUUAUUGCGAGCAGUUUGCUGCUCACGGCCACUGUCGUUAUAAGGAGCACUGCCUUAAUUCGCACGAUAUUAACUUUAUCCUUGACUGCCAAAGCAAGUCCAAGGCAGAGCCCAAGCAAAGCUCCGACAAUUCUGCAGAUUCAGUUACAGUUACGGAGAAAUCCAGCGGUGUCAAGCGCAAAGCGACCAGCGACCCUGGCGAGCCCGACAAGCAUCCGAGCAAGGUCACCAAGGUGGAAGCAGCAGCGACAACACUUGUUGACUCCUCUGUGUCAGUCAAGUCGCCGAGUACAAAGGCCAGCAGCGACUUGCAGUCAACCAUGUACCAUACAGCGGCAUACGACGCAUUCAUGACCGGGUAUAUAUUUGCCUCCUACCGCAAUUUGCUGCAGAAGAAGGUGUCAAAAUACAGGAACAAGGUUUAUCUGAUGGGUCGUCCGGGCCAGCCGCUGCUCAUUAAGGCUGGAAUCUAUGCAACUAGCUCCAUCACGUAUCGUCAAACGGUGUCGUUGUUUGAGAAGCCAGCCGCCGCUCCUGCUCUGGCUCCUGGCUCUGACACUACUGAUGGUACCCAUACCGAGGCUGCCACUGAAGAGGCUGAGUCUGACUGCGGCGCCGACAAGAAAAACAACGAGGGCGAUGGUCUAUACAAAACCCAGACUCGGCCUGCCGAAAUUUGAUCAUUAAAUUUUGAUUUUCUUUUUUUCCACGCAAAUGUUAAAUUUUUUGAUUAAAUUAGUGAAAUUUUUUUUACCAGUCAACGCUUUUUUUUUUUGAUCUUUU